AUGACUCAUGCAAUGGUUAUUACUGCUGUUCAUUUAGAUCCUAUCACUAACAAGCCAAUUAGAUGGAAAAUUGAAAACUCUUGGGGUGAACAAUCUGGUAAAAAAGGUUGGUUUAUGAUGACUGAUGAAUGGUUUAGUGAAUUUGUUUUCCAAAUUGUUACAAAUCGUAAAUAUGUUUCAAAAAAGACUUUUGAUGUUUGGAAAGGUAAACAAUUUAAUACUUUACCUUAUUAUGAUCCAAUGGGUUCAUUAGCUUAA